CCAUAGUAAGAUGGCGAGCUGCAUAGACGCACUGACGUGUCGAAUUCGUAUAACAGAUAUAACCCUAUAUUUUUGUACCUUUUUACUUAUUUAUAGUAUCGAUCAUUCCUGCAAUAAAAGGUCUAAUUGUGUGCAAUCAGAAUCACUCACUGGGAGCCAAAAUCUUCUUCCAACUGUCGUUAUUGCUACUUUAGUCCGCAACAAAGAACACUCCUUACCCUGGUUCUUGGGACUUGUAGAAAAGUUGGACUAUCCAAAAUCAAGAAUUGCACUAUGGAUACGAAGUGACCACAAUAUUGACAACUCAACAGAAAUGUUGAAAGAAUGGCUGGCCGCUGUUACUCCCAUGUACCAUAGAGUGGAUGUUAAAUUGGAUCAGAUCAAAAAAGGUUUCCCUGAUGAGAAUGCUUCUACAGAUUGGUCACCACAACGUUUUACCCACGUGAUUGCAUUACGAGAGGAGGCUUUAAACUUUGCUCGCAGUAGUUGGGCUGACUAUUUGUUUAUGGUAGAUGCUGAUGUGACUUUAGAAAAUGAAAGGACUUUAAAAAUUCUUAUUGAGCAAAAGAAAUUUGUCAUUGGGCCCAUGCUUAAUGCUUCAGUGGCAGGACUGUACUCCAACUUCUGGGGAGGAAUGACAGACAUGGGCUACUACACAAGGACAAAGUUCUACACACCAAUCGUAGAUAGGGAGAUCAUGGGUGUUUUCCCAGUACCAAUGGUCCAUACAGCUGUACUGAUUGACCUGAGACAUCCUCUCUCCCGCAACAUCUCCUACAGCAAUCUUCCUGAGGGCUACAAGGGGCCGGCUGAUGACAUCAUCAUUUUCGCUAAAACUGUCAAAGCUUUGGGGGAGACUAUGCAUGUCAUCAACACUGAGUAUUUUGGUAAAGUGAUGAUCCCAUUAGACAAACACUACUCUCUUAAAGAGGAGAAGGAACAGUUUGAUCAUGUCAAGCUAGAGGCCAUGGUUGAAGAAGUCCCUCCCCUGUACAGCUCACCUUAUGUCAGCAUACCCCUGCAACCAAAAGAUAAACUUGGAUUUGAUGAGAUCUAUAUGAUCAAUUUAAAAAGACGUCCAGCCAGAAGAUUUAGAAUGUUAAAAGCUUUUGAGUAUUUAGACCUUGAUGUUAAAAUUAUAGAUGCUUUUGAUGGAAAAGAACUCAAUGACACAUAUCUGGAUCAGAGAGGAAUUAAACAGCUGCCAGGGUUUGCUGAUCCUUAUCAUGGAAGAGCAAUGACAAUGGGAGAAAUUGGAUGCUUUCUUAGCCAUUACCAAAUUUGGGAAGAGGCAGCUGCCAGAAAUUACAGCAGGAUAUUAAUCUUUGAAGACGAUGUUAGGUUUGAGCCAUAUUUUCGGAGGAAAUUGAAGUAUUUGAUGCACGAGCUUGAAAGUUUAUUUCCUGUUUGGGAUCUUCUGUAUCUAGGUAGAAAACGUUUACGUAAAGACUUGGAGAAAAUGGUGCAGGGCAGUGAAAUUUUAGCCUGGCCCCACUAUUCCUACUGGACAGUGAGUUAUGCUCUGUCCAUUCAUGGAGCGCGCAAACUGCUGGCUCAAAAACCUCUUGCCAAGAUGGUACCUGUGGAUGAGUACCUGCCUAUCAUGUUUGACAGGCACACUGAAGAAAAAUGGAAGGUGCAGUUUUCACCUCGUAACCUGAUAGCUCUGUCUGCAGAACCCUACUUAGUCUACCCAACUCACUACACAGGGGAACCCAAUUACAUCUCUGACACAGAGGAUUCUGUUGUUAUAGAGAAAGGCAUUGUAGAUGGAGACGGUUCCGAUGAGAAACUACCUGACCCAAAUGAAGAACUCAUUAAAAUGGAUGAGGGAUCAAUACUAGAAGCACCUCCUUUUAAAGAAGAAUUAUGAUUUAUGUCAAGUAGAAAUUAUUAAUUAAUCUGUCACUAUGAGUCUGGUUUGAACCUCCAUUUGCAUGUCACCUACUAACUAAAUCCAAAUGUUGAACAUAAUGUCUUUUAUCCUUAGGUCAAGCAUGCUUCUCUCAAUGCAAAACUGUCCCGUCCGAUCUACUGAAUCCAAAACAAUAUUCUACUUUUCUGUAGGCCUAUACAAUUUUUGCUUUCACUUGUAUACUCAAAUAUAUACAUGUCAUGUAUAUAGUGCUGAGUUUUUAACUGCUUGAGCCUGCCAUGUUAUUCUACUGAAUAAUUUAACAAAAGAUCAAAUUUACCUGCAUGUUUGUACUGGAUGGUUUUUUUUCACUUUAGUUAUUUACAUAUUCUGUACUUAGUAUUAAGUUGGUUGGCAGGACGUGUUAAGGGGCUUUUUUUUGUCUAUUAAUUCUCCUCUAACCCAGGCUAUAAUCCUAACCCUUAUUCUAACAGCAGUACCAGCAAGAAUAUGAAUUCUAAUCCUUAAUUUAACAAAAAAAAAACUUGAAAGUAUACUAUAUAGUCCUGCCAGCAUAUUUAAACUAACUGAAUAUUUGUAUGAGUAAUGUAUAUUUUAAAACUGAAGGUAUAAUCUGAGCAUCCAUUCCUCGCAGCAUUUCAGUCUCAGAUUUUGGUGCUAUUUUUGUGAUGGUGUUCAGAUUGUUUAUUAUUGUAGUUGGUUGUUUUAAUGUUCUCAUAUCAAAGCAAAUGUAAAUAGUCUUGUUUUUGCUGUACUUAACCACAAAGCAUUAUAAAUCACUGAAUCAAAGCUAUGUACAAAAAUUAGAUUGUGUAAUUUAUAUACUAUAAAAUCAACAUAAUCACUUGAGCUCACAAAAUCAAUGCAUGUCACAAAAAUCAUUUUUGUAUCAGUAUAGUGUGCAUGUUCAAUUCUCAAAGUGCCAAGUCUAGUUUUUCUAAUAAGUAUUAUACACUCCCCAUACAUAUUUUUGUAUAGUAUGGAUAAUUUGUUUGAUAUUGUGUAAAUGGUGGUUAUUCGAAUUACUAUAUUUUAACAUUUUUACACUAACCAUCUAUUUUAUUUUUAAUGGUUUAUUUUUUACACAAUCAAGAGUAAAUCCAUUUCACCAAAGAUGUUCAUAUAAAAUCCAGAAAUACAAAUAUUUUAAACAAAAUGGUAACUAUCCACAUGCCUUGCUUGCUGUAUUCAU